ACAGGCAGGUGAGUGUUUGUCAGGCUUGGGGGAGGGGGAAUAGAGGCGCAGGUGUCUUGAAUUGCGAGAGGGCGCAUCAGUCGACGCGCCAGCGCAAAGUCAGAACGCCCUCGCGCGAAUCUCUGUGGCGCGGUGUCUGUGUACGCGUGAAGUGUUGAGUGUCCUUUGACGCAGGAGGCUAGGCCCCAUGAGCCUCACGGAAUCAGUGUUGGGGGAAUUAGUGAAGGAUUUAUCGGCAUCCAGGUGGCGCCACUUACAGCAUUGCCGUGGAAGAAAGAGAGAAGUGUGAGCCCAAAAAGGGAAAUGGGAAAGCGCGAACGCAUGCGCGAACGAUGGUUGCUGACGCGCAAGACUUGGCGCUACAUGACUGAUGCCAGGCGUCUUCUGCCGAUUCCCGUUGAUACACAAGAAUGUGAAAAACACUUCCAGGAAGCAUGUCAGGCACAAACAAAAUAUCUUCUAUGGCCAAUUAAGCGCAAAGUGAGUUUUCCGGGUGCAAUUGGAUGGGAUAGGCUACCAGAGCGACUACAGCGUCAACUUAGUCUUCAGGUACUGCGAAAACGUUCUCAGGCAACACAAACGGAAGCCCAGGAUUUCUCACCGGAACCCCAAAGUCCACCGACUCCGACUAAACCACGUCACGAGGAUGUAAGUCAGUCCGUUGGUGAGACCAUUAAGCGCUACCUUCGAAUGGCCAGACGUAGGCCAUCGGCAGCAAAGCGUUUCACCAGUUGCAACUAUGAUCGUGUAGUGACGCCCUCUCGUGCACAAGACACUGACAGAGACAAAGGGACUCAGACUGAGCAAUUUGUGGAAUCAGUUGGAGACAGAGAAAGGGAAAUUGGGAAGGCUAAGGAGAAGGAAAAGGUCGUUAGAGAAAUGGAGAAUUCUGUUCAGAUGGUUCAGAAAUCCAAGUCAUCCGGGAACGUUGGACCACUGCUCAGUCGAAGGAUUUGGCGUGGAAGAUCCAAAAGUCAAACUCGUCCAUGUGCCGAAGUACAACCGACAAAGGCACAAUGGACGCCACAGGGAAAAGGUGUUUGGUCAUCGAAUGAAGGUCGAAUAAUUGAAUUGAAGGAGAUUGAUCUGCAAGAAUUGACGCCAAUUGAGAGGAAAAUACUGCAGAGAGUUGCAAGUGCAAAGUUGCAAGAAUUGAAUUUUGGUGCAAUUGUUGUACCGCCCGAAGAUGGCGGUGCAUCAGUUGAAGUUAAGCCCAAACGACGUGCUCUACUGCUCAAACGAAAAGCCCUCACAACUGGCUUUUUUGAUGCGACCAAGAAGGAUGAUAGGGGAAGUUCUGGUGGUAGUUUUGGACAAUCAUUGGAACAGUGUCUGGCCAAUGAGAUGCGUGCCAUUUCACGGUGUACAGUGACACAUGUGAGAGCUGGCAGUUGCGAAAGUCUACCACAGAGGGCACAGGAAUCAACACCACCUAUUGGUGAAUCACUGAGUCAGCAGGAUCUACGAACAGAUUCAACAGCACCAACAGUUCCUGCCAUUGUGCGUCAGUGUAUUGCCCACCUAACGGCACAUGGACUAAGUACCGUUGGUAUUUUUCGUGUUAGUCCAGCCCGGAGACGUGUACGCCAUUUGCGUGAGGAGUGGGAACGUGCAGGACCAACUGGUAUCAAUUUCGAUACAACUCACUGCCCCCAUGACGUUGCUACACUCCUAAAGGAAUUUCUACGUGAUCUUCCGGAGCCAUUGCUGUGCAGUGCCCUGUAUGGUACAUUUCUGGGUACACAGCGUAUUCGCAAUCGACGCCUUCAGCUCGAAGCAAUUGCCCAUCUGUUGCGCCUUCUGCCACCCGCCCACCGAGAUACCCUACGCAUCCUCCUGCAGUUCCUGGCUGACGUAGCCCGGGCCGCCAAUGAUGCCCCAAAUGGACGAUCAGGCAAUCGUAUGGACAGCACCAAUUUAGCCACAGUUUUUGCCCCAAAUAUUCUGCGUAGCAGUGAGGAUCGAGUUGAGGAACGCCUGGAUGCAAUAAAUGUGAUAAGGACGAUGAUUGAUCACCAUGAGGAGCUCUUUAGGGUGCCAGCGGCCAUUUUGGAUGAGGUAUAUGCCGAAAUGAUGGAUCAACAUGGGCAGGCCCUCGAUAGACUCUGUGAACGCCGUGCAACUGAAGGGGCAGCAAGUCGGACGGACGAUGAACGUCGAAGGAUGUCAAGUCCGUUGGUGUUGCACGGUACGGGUGUUCUAUCGGCUACACUGAGUAUCCCAGUAACUGUUGCACCACUCCAUGUUGGGGAUCAUCUCGAGGGUAUUCCCUUCAUUGAGGAACAGACGCCACAGGAGGCACGAGGUCCUCAGAGACCUCUAGCAACUGUCACGGGUACUUUGUCACUGGCACCAUCUCCCAGUGCCCCCAAUACCGAUCCUGUCUUCUUUCCCAAUAAUCGUGUCAUGCGCUCCAAGACAGAAGACUUCGAGCGUCCCCAGCGACCACGAGUGCCGCCAUCUGAUGGUCGUCGCAGUCAAAUGGUCUACAAACGACGGGAAAUUAUCUCAAGUGCCCAAAGUGGCAGGAAGUGACAGAAAGAACGUGAGAGGGACAAUAAAGAGAGGAGUCAGUGUC